GAAUGCCAGAAUGUUGCGAAAGAACCUGACAUAUUAUGUCGAAUCGGCCCAUAAUUAACUCUUAAGGCUAAAUCGAUCAUUAUACUGCGUUGAAAUUGAUCUAACAAAAGAUUAAUGUCAAUUCAUCUUCGUUAAGGUGUUGAUGAAUAGUAGCAGCAAAAUCUCUUUGUAAAGCUCGUUCUCGGGCCUUUCCAGAAAACAGAAACAAAGAAGAAUACUUCACUUAGAAUGAACAGUGCUACUCCCAUUGUAAUACCUUUUUGUACUUCAUACAGAAUCACCUUCAGUCCCUCACAAAUGCAAGAUAUUAUCUAUCCCGCAUUCAUUUAUGAGGCAAAAUCAGACAAGAAUCCCAUCCUAUGGGCGGAAAAUCAAGUGGCUGUAGGCGCAGCCCGAGCAUUAGGCCUUCUGGACGAGCUUGCAGAAUUAUCCGGAAAACCUUACAUACCGUAUAUUGUGGCUGCAACUUCAGCUGGCGCGCAAUGGCAGUUCCAUCUCGCCUACCGCUUGGGUAAUUCACGCAUUUUUCUCCUACCUUUGCUCGACAAACCGCUCUGGAUACGCAAUCAUAUGGAGCGGGUGAUGUUACUGACCAUCAUUCAUCGAAUCAAGACAUGGAUCAUUCAAUCUUUUCAGCAAAGUAUCAAAGAGCGACUUAAUGCUCUCGUGUUAGGCUGACUCAACGGAUCAUUACUUGCUGUAAAAAUGUGAUGAUUUCCGACCUCGUCAGACGCCAACGCAU